UGAUUCUAAAGGUGCCAUCCCGUGAACACAAACUUCUCCGGUUAAGUACCGUCUUUAGCCAAUGACCCCGAUUCUGUGAGGGCGGUUACGGAUCUAAACGUCCGUGCGAGGCUCGUCAGACACCGGGCAGCUCGGUCCAUCGACCCGCUCCCAUUUCUUUACAGCCUCUGCGGAUGCUAGCUCCGGCUAGCCAGAAGCUAACGUCUCCGUAGCUACGAAGUCGCCACACAAGGAGGAGGACGAACCGCGCUGACACAAGUCCCGGCGAUUCUUGUUUGUUUAUUAUUUAGUGUAUUCCCGCCCCCCCCUGCCCCGCAUCCCCCCCCCACUGGUGCUCCGCCAGAGCGGUGAGUGAUGUGGAAAGUAACUUUUCAGGCGUUAGGUUUUUUGCUGGUGGCCUGGUUCUUCGGGAACUUUGUUCUCGAUUGGUUUCACCAAAACGACGUAGAACCCCGAACGCAGAACAGCCCGGACCCGAGCCGAGCGCCGGACCCGAGCCGAGUGCCGAACCCGAGCCGAGCCCCGGAGAGCCCGAACCCGAGCCCGAGCCGAACCCCGACGAGCCCCAACCGAGCGCCGGAGAGCCCGGACCAGAGCUGUUUCUGCCAUCUGACGGGGGUCCUGGACGACUGCUUCUGCGACGUGGAAAGCAUCGACGUGUUCAACAACUUCAAGCUUUACCCUCGCAUCAAGAGGCUGACGGAGAAAGACUACUUCAGGUACUACAGGGUGAACCUGAAGCGGCCGUGUCCCUUCUGGCCCGACGAUGGACAUUGUUCCAUCAAAGACUGUCAUGUGGAACCCUGUCCAGAGAGUAAGAUCCCAGUGGGCAUCAAGUCGGGGAACUACAACAAGUACUCUCCUGCGGCCGACCCGACCCCGGACGCGGCGGAGUGCGAGCAGGUCAAAGAGCUGGGCGCCAUCAACAGCACCCUGAGUAACCAGAGCAAACAGGCGUUCGCUGACUGGGCGAGACACGACGACGCGCAGGACCACUUCUGUGAGCUGGAUGAUGAAAGCUCUCCAGAUUCUGAGUACGUGGAUCUGCUGCUGAAUCCGGAGCGGUUCACUGGGUACAAAGGUCCUUCAGCCUGGAGAGUGUGGAACAGCAUCUACGAGGAAAACUGCUUCAAGCCCAGAUCGGUGUACCGACCUUUGAACCCUCUGGUUCCGAGCAGAGGAGACGACGACGGAGAGAGCUUCUACACGUGGCUGGAAGGCCUGUGUUUGGAGAAGCGAGUUUUCUACCGACUCAUCUCGGGCCUCCACAGCAGCAUCAACAUCCACCUGUGCGCCCAGUACCUGCUGGACGAGGGCUGGGACCGCUCCGUGUGGGGCCCCAACGUCCAGGAGUUCCGGCAGCGCUUCGACACGGCGGAGACGAAGGGCGAGGGCACGCGGCGCCUGAAGAACCUCUACUUCCUGUACCUGAUCGAGCUGCGCGCGCUCUACAAGGUGGCGCCCUACUUCGAGCGGGCCUUCGUCAACCUGUACACGGGGAACCUGCAGGAGGACGCGGCCACCAAGGAGCUGCUGCUGCAGGUCUUCGGCGAGAUCAGAGCUUUCCCGAUGCACUUUGACGAGAGGUCAAUGUUCGCCGGACACAAGAUCGAAGCCAAAAUAUUAAAGGAGGAAUUCCGCCUCCAUUUUAAAAACAUCUCCCGCAUCAUGGACUGCGUCGGCUGCAGUAAAUGUCGCCUGUGGGGAAAGCUGCAGACUCAGGGCCUCGGCACGGCUCUGAAGAUCCUCUUCUCGGAGAAGGAGAUCCAGAACCUCCCCGAGCACAGCCCCUCUCAGGGCUUCCAGCUGACCCGGCAGGAGAUCGUGGCCCUGCUGAACGGCUUCGCCAGGUUGUCCACCAGCAUACAUCAGCUGCACGUCUUCCGCCUGAUGCUGAAGGACAACAGGUAACCCAAGGUGACGCCUCACCUGGCCAGGAGUGGAGCCCCCCCCCCCCCCCCCCCCCCCAUCCGGAGAACUGCAAUAGUCCAAAUUCAAAGAAGGCCUUUUCUUCAUGAGCAGCAGGAUCAGCGGUGAAACCGAACCCCCCCCCCCACACACUGGCUCCUCCCAUUACCCCCCCCCCCCCCCCCGGUUCCUCCUGUAGAUGAUGAAUGUGAACUCAACGUCUUUUCUUCUCUGCUGUAAAACGCGACGUUCUUCCUGUAAACAUUUGUUUUAGUCUCUUCUGAGACGUGUAGAAAUCAGCCGGUCGUUUGGAAGGAAGUGAUGUCACAAACUCGUGAGUCCAGGCAGGUGGGGGGUGGGGGGGGGGGGGUGCGAACCGUGUCUAACAGGAAGUGUCCAAGUUUUCUCUUUCUUUCUACUGACAUCACAUCCUGUUGGAUUCUACGUGAGUCCUUUUAACGGCUCUACGUUAGGGCGCCGUCCUGAGAGAGGGGGGGCGGUCCUCAAAGUGCGUCGCCACGCCGACGCAUUUCCUGCUUUCACUUUAUUUUAUCUGUUUAACUAUUUCCUUUUCCUCUACGGUUUGUCGCUCAAAGCCUGAAGGUCUGGGCCAACCUAGAAGGUGUGUGUGUGUGUGUGUGUGUGUGUGUGUGUGUGUGUGUGUGUGUGUGUGUGUGUGUGUGUGUGUGUGUGUGUGUGUGUGUGUGUGUGUGUGUGUGUGUGUGUGUGUGUGUGUGUGUGUGUGUGUGUGUGUGUGUGUGUGUGUGUGUGUGUGUGUGUGUGUGUGUGUGUCAACCGUUGCAGCUAUAAGAUAAUGGACUAUGACUUGAUUCAGAAGCAGAUUUUUGCUAUAAUUGACUAAUAAUUCUGUUUGGUUGAAGAUGUUGUGUUUCUGUGUAUUUUGAACAAAGUGCCGCAUCACUUUCUGCGCUUUUAUUUUGCUCCAGUCCUUAUUCAUAUAAGAAAUUUAGGAUUUAUUAGAUUUUCUGAUUAUUUUAUUUUACAUUUCCUCACGGGGGAAAAAGUGUUGGAGGCAGGAAGGUGGAGAUCCAGACCAGAACCCUCCGGUUACAUUACAUAUUUUCAUUGUUCCGUCGCUCUCUGUGGUUCCUCACAUCCUGUCCGUGAUUACUCACUUCCUGUCUGUGAUUACUCACUUCCUGUCUGUGAUUACUCACUUCCUGUCCGUGGUUCCUCACUUCCUGUCCGUGGUUCCUCACUUCCUGUCUGUGGUUCCUCACUUCCUGUCCGUGGUUCCUGACUUCCUGUCUGCGGCUCGAUAUCGAUCAAUAAGCAACGUCCAUCUAUUGGACAAACUGCUUUACAGAAAUAUUCUUGAUUCCAGUCUGAAAAGUUAAAAUUGGACCAAAGAGGUUUAAGUUUGGUUUGCAAUGUUUUUUCUUAUUUUCCUUUUAUUGAUCCUUCGAUCAAGAUUCUCCGCCGUGUUGAAGCUUUGUUCUGCUCAGUCAGUUUGAAUAAGAGUUACUCUGACAUGUCACCUAUUAUUAUUAUUAUUAUUAUUAUUAUUAUUAUUAUUUAAUAGUUUUAAAACCUGAAAAAGGAAAUCAGAUUGAAGUACAAGUAUAUGAACUCCCAACAUAAAGAGUAAUAUUAAAAGUAUAAUUAUAUCUUCUUCUCGGCCUCAUCCCGUAGUUUAAUGUCCUCCAUCGGCUGUUUUUCACAAUAAGAGGACAUCAAUGUUGUCAAAAUGAAACGUGUGGAUGGAAGCGACCUCUUCUUCCUUUUGCUUUCUCACUUUUUAAAUUUAAAAUGUAAGAAACUACACUGGAAAUUCAAAGAGUGAAUUUUAAACGCGUUGAAUCGGAUGUACUUUUCAAAGUUGUUGUUAUUAUUAUUGCAUUUCACAGAUUAUUUUGCCUCAAACACGUUAAGGACUAAAUCCUCUUCUUUUGCUUCCAUAGUUAGCGGCUGUAAGAAGUAACGUGUGUUUUCUCGGCUUGUGGAGGUGAGUGAUAGGUGAUGAGUGAGUGACAGGUGAUGAGUGAGUGACAGGUGAGAGAGUGAGACGUGUGCGCGCCUUCUUCCUCCUCGACGCCCUGCAGCAGCUCCACUUCCUUUAAAGUCUUCUCCACACGCUCCUCCGCCUUAAAACUACGUCGCCACUUAAGACAAGAGAAAGGAACCGGCUUCAUGUUUGGCUUUAGUUUAUAAGAAGCUCUAUGGAUUAUAUAUAAACUAAUAUAUAUAUAUAUAUAGUUGCACUUUGUUGAUGUGUGGACCUGUUGAAUAUAUUCAAAGAAGAAUAAAUAUUUCUGACACCUGAUCUGUUUGAAUUUGAUUCUUAAUGUCCUCAUGUUUUGGGGUAAAAGUGACUUCUUGCACUUAAACAAAUCCAUGUUUUUCUCCUAUUCUGAACACAGAAAUCACUGUAGUUUUAAGGAAUUAUCACCCGUAUUUGUAUGAA